ACGGUCAGCCUUAAUCAAAAUUUCGGUUAAAACACGUACAUAAAAAACGAAAAAAAAGAAAAAAAAAUAGCUUAGAAUCUAAACACUUCAAUGUGUAUGAACUAAAUUGACAACCAUGGCAGGAAUAAAGAAACCAAAUAUGUUGGACAAGGAAUUUAACGAUUUUACUGCAAAGGCAAAUUGUUAUGCUGUGAUGUCCUUUCCAUUUAGUGAGAGAUGCGAUUUUGUGAAAAAAGCCAGCAACUGUCUAACCGGUACGAAUAUCGUGCCGUAUAUGCACUUAUUGGCAUGCGAUUUUAAAUGCAAAAACCAAUUCGAGGAGCACAUCUUUGUUGCCUUUUUAUCGAUUGUAUGCUUCGAGUUGCUACUAUGCCUCGGCUAUGUGGUGCAUUUUUACUACAGUCCAGCAUUGAAAGCCGUUUCCCGAAUGCUGCACAUGAGCGAACAUCUGGCUGGGGUGACGAUAUUGGCAUUUGGCAAUACAACGACAGAUUUGUUUUGCAGUUUAACGACAUUGAACGAUGAUUCUGCCGUUUUGGCCAAUAGCCUAGCUAAUUCAUUGUUUGUGGUCAUGUUUAUCGGUGGAUUGGUCUGCUAUGUCAGUCCGUUUAAAAUGAGCUCAUAUAGCACAAUGAGGGAUCUACUUUUCUUCAUCUUUGGCUUGGUACUACUCGAUUAUAUGCUUAACACGGAUGAAAAAGUUGAUUUUAUUGAGUGCAUCGUGUUAACAAUCGUGUAUUUAAUAUGCCUUGCGGUAUGCGUGAUCGAUGUAUAUUUGGUACGCAUUACCUUGAAUUCGCUGAAUCGUCAAAUAAGAGACCUGGAGGAAAUUGAGGAAAUGGAAGAUUUGGAUGAUACACAUGAGAUUGUUAUUAAGCGUAAACUACUAACAAGCAGAUAUGACGCACUGGCUGAGGAUGAUCGCGUGGAUAUACUAGAGCGUCGAACGACAUGGAGGCCCCUGGAAAAGAGCCGUACAUUUACUUAUAUGACCAGGCGGACUGAGAAACGCCAAGCCGUUCAUAUAGCAGCCAAUCGAUUCAACUAUAGAGGCACCAGUAACAGGAAUCACAAUCUCUUUAGGGAAUUCUUCGUUGCACUCAAUCCGAUUCCUUUGGCUGAUUGGCGUCAUGCUGGCAUGCUACCACGCAUCUUCUACAUCGCCGUGGCCCCAGUUUCGCUGAUUUGUACGAUCUAUAUACCAUUGGUCGAUUUUGAACUGCACAAGAAUGGCUGGAGCAAGCUACUCAAUUGCAUACAUAUUUUCCUAAAUCCGGCGAUCACCCUGAUAAUGGGCAAGGCUAUGCUGUUUAGAGACAAAUCGGAGCUCUGGUAUUACAAUAUACAUGAGGCUUUCAUGUACGGCGUCUACUCCCUGGUAAUAACGGUGCCGCUGGCCAUCUUUGUGAUGAUUCACUCAAGAACUGGGUGUCCGCCGAAGUAUCACUGGAUUUAUAUCAUAAUGAAUUUAACUUGAUCCAUGUUUAUGACAUUUCAGUG